CCUCCUCCUCCUCUUCCACCAAAAGCCCCACCUCACCAGGUUCCGUUCUGAACCCCACCGCCCAGUCCUUCUUCCCAUGCUUCGCCAACCCCACAGAGCCCCUCACCGUGGUGGUGGCCCCAAUGUCAGAAGUAAAAUCSAAUAAGAUGGACAAACCAGAGAAAGAGGAGAAGAUGGACAACUUCGAGAAGUUGGACCAAUUUAAGAUGCUCGAUAAGCUAGACAAAGUGGAGAAGAAGGAUACGACUGCGAAGACUGAAGCGUCAGUGAAGGUGGGGUACGCAGACCCACUGGACAAAGAAGAGAAGAUAAAUAAAAUGGACAAGGCAGAGAAAACAGAAAAGCUGGAGCCAACAGAUAAGGCAGAAAACACAGAUGAGGAAGAAAAAUCUGAGAAGAUGGAUAAAAUGGACAAGGACAAGAAGACUGACAAGGUAGAGAAGAUGGACAAGGUGCAAAAGACCGACAAAGAAGAAAAAACUGAGAAGAUGGAUAAGGACGAGAAGACUGACAAGGUAGAGAAGAUGGAUAAGGUGGAAACACCUGAGAAGACAGAACAGAAAGAACAGAGUAUUGAAAAAGUGGAGAAGACCCCAGAAAAACAGGAGACAUCAGUGAAGUCGAACACAUUUGACAAGAUGGAAACACAGUCUGACAAGGAGAAGACAGCCCAUGCUGGAAAGGUAACAGUAACAGCUGAGAAAGAAACAGACAGAGAAGAGAAGCCCACAGACAAAGUGGAGGAUGAGGAGAAGACAGAGAAAACAGACAAGGUGGAGGAGGAGAAGAAGAAGACAGAGAAAACAGACAAGGUGGAGGAGGACAAGAAGAAGACAGAUAAAACAGACAAGGUGGUGGAGGAGGAGAAGAAGACAGAGAAAAUAGACAGGGUGGUGGAGGAGGAGAAGAAGAAGACAGAGAAAACAGACAGG